ACACACCUGGGGCUGGUAGUUUUCCAUGUGACACAGGCAGGAUUUCUGAGAAAGGAGAAAGAGAUACUCGAGGAUAGACUCCUGCUCUGUUUGUUUCGCUGGAAUAUUUACAUUUUUCUGAUCCCAGUUCAUAUCCCAAGCCACAGGGAUGAACUGGUCAGCACUAGAGAGCCUACUCAGCGGGGUCAACAAGUACUCCACUGUGUUUGGCCGUGUGUGGCUGUCCAUGGUGUUUGUGUUCCGUGUCAUGGUGUUCGUGGUUGCCGCCCAGCGUGUGUGGGGAGACGAGAGCAAGGACUUUGUGUGCAACACCAGGCAGCCCGGCUGCACCAACGUCUGUUAUGACAGCAUCUUCCCCAUCUCACACAUCCGCCUGUGGGCCCUCCAGCUCAUCUUCGUCACCUGUCCAUCUCUCAUGGUCAUGGCUCACGUCAAGUAUCGUGAGGGGAAGGAUUCAAAGUACGCUUCCCAGCACCAGGGCUCUCACCUGUACGCCAACCCAGGGAAGAAACGUGGAGGCCUGUGGUGGACCUACCUGGUCAGCCUGAUCUUCAAGGCCGUGGUUGACGCAGCCUUCCUUUACAUUCUCUACUACAUCUACCAUGGCUAUGACAUGCCACGUCUCUCCAAGUGUGCCCUGGAGCCUUGCCCAAACACAGUGGACUGCUACAUAUCCAGGCCCACGGAGAAGAAGAUCUUCACCAUCUUCAUGGUGGUCUCCUCAGCCAUCUGCAUCUUCAUGUGCAUCCUGGAGAUGUUCUAUCUGUUGGGCAAGCGGUUACAGAAGCUGCUUAAAGUACGGCAGGCCAACAAGAGACUUCUCUUCGCUGAGUGCCAUGAGGUGACCAACAUCGCUCUGCCGAGGUCAUCGUAUAUCAGGGUAGAUCCAACUAUUGGGAGCCAGCAGAACAUCAGCAGACAGAAGAAGGCAGAGGAGGCUGCUGACACAAGUCUGUAGUCCUGAUCUGUUUGAUUUGAGCACUGACUUUGCUCAGAGCUACUUUAUUGAGGAAACAUUUGCUUAGAUAUGUGGUUGUCCCACCUAGCUAUCUAAAGGUUAAUGCACUAACUGUAAAUCGCUCUGGAUAAGAGCGUCUGCUAAAUGACUAAAAUGUAAAUCCAUAUUGCACUGACUUUGUGGGUGGCUACUUUAUGGAGGAAAAAUAUACCUACUAUGACUGAGAUAUAUGGUUGUCCCACCUAGAUAUAUUAAGAUGAAUGCACUAACUGUACAUUUUACUCUAUACUGGAGCAUUUUGGAUUUGAGAUCAAGUCUUUUAUAUGAAGCGGCAGUACAGAAUGUACCGCUUAGAAAUGAACGCUCUUUAUAUAUCUAGUCCCUCCGUUUGAAGACGUCAUAACUAUUUGGACAAAUUGACUUAUAGUGUAUAUGAAUACAUCAAGCUUGUUGGAUGCAUUUGCAGUUUGUUUUGGUUGUGUGUUAUGUUUUUCCCAAUAGAAACGUAAUAAUGAAUGAUAAUUGUAUUUAAGUGAGUAAAUUAGAUGUUUCUGAACACUUCUUAAUGAAUCCUGAUAAGGCAAGGAUUAACAAAAAUCAUGAAUGAAUCAUGAAAAAUUGUGGGUGAUAAAGUUACAGAGGCUAUACAAAAGAUGCUAACAACUCACCAUUCCCAAGAUGAAGUCAAAUCAAAUAGUAUUUGUCACAUGCUUCAUAAACAACAGGUGUAGACUAACAGUGAAAUUCUUACUUACAGGCCCUUCCCAACAAUGCAGAGGAAAAAAUAAUAACACAAGGAAUAAAUAUACAAUGAGUAACGAUAACUAUAUACACGGGGUACCAGUACCAAGUCGAUGUGCAGGGGUACAGGGUUAUUGUUGGAGAUAUGUACAUACUGUAUAGGUAGGGGUAAAGUAACUAAGGCAACAGGAUAGAUAAUAAACAGUAGCAGCAGCAUACAGUGAGGGAAAAAAGUUUUUGAUCCCCUGCUGAUUUUGUACGUUUGCCCACUGACAAAGAAAUGAUCCAUUUAUAAUUUUAAUGGUAGGUUUAUUUGAACAGUGAGAGACAGAAUAACAACAACAAAAAUCCUGAAAAACACGUCAAAAAUGUUAUAAAUUGAUGUGCAUUUUAAUGAGGGAAAUAAGUAUUUGACCCCUCUGCAAAACAUGACAUAGUACUUGGUGGCAAAACCCUUGUUGGCAAUCACAGAGAUCAGAUGUUUUUUGAAGUUGGCCACCAGGUCAAUAAUCGCACCAACUGUUGUCACCUUCUCACCAAGCUGCUUGGCGAUGGUCUUGUAGCCCAUUCCAGCCUUGUGUAGGUCUACAAUCUUGUCCCUGACAUCCUUGUUUUAAAUAAACUGCAUAAUAAAUAAAGGUGACUGGUCAAUUGUGUGAGUCAGGGGCUGGGCCCAAGCCUGUAGGGGGCUCCCUCCUGAAUCUAGCUUGGAAAGACAGUAUCGUGCAGUAUCAAAGAGCCCUCACUGCUGCUCGAUCAUC